AUGCCGCCUAUGCAGGUGGUACCGGGCAUGCCUCCCAAUGCUUUACCGCCGAUAAAUUUCCCUCCCAUGGACAGUCGUCUGCAAUCGAUCAUUUCAGCUCUCGCUCAGCCCAUGAUACAGUCACAAGUCGAGAAAAUACCGUUUGAGACGCUCCAGAAAAUUGUUGUCGAGACGGCAGCAGCAGAUCCAAAGGGAAUUCUUGCUAGAGCCAUAAAGCAAACACAUGCCGAGAUCAUCGAACGCCAGCGCACCCGCGUCUUAAACUUUGACGGUUACAGCAAGGAGGCUUGGUAUCAGCUAAAUCAGAAAUAUGACCACCUCAGUGGCAGUAAGCAGUACGACGCGUCCUCUAGCGUGGAAAGUACCAUUGGGGAGAUGCUGGACAGUAUCCUGGAUCGUACAGAUGAGAACUCAUCCUAUGGCACUAAGAAGAGCGCCAUUGAGACCAUGCGCAAGAUCCUCAAAAGCGUGCUUUUGGCCGAAGAUGUCAUCGGGCGUGAAGUCCGAAAUUCGUGUUAUGGCUGGGAUGCCAAGUUUGUCGAAGUCAUCGAGGCAUUCGACAGCAACGAGCUUGAAAGGCUCGUCACUGAGGAUGAUGGGCAGUGGCUGGAGAAGGUGCGCGAGCUGGUAAAACUGGCAAAUGAUUAUUGCAUCCUUGGAAAACUCAAAGAUGGCUUAGCUAUUCUUGAGGGAGAGUACGAAGAAGAUGAGGAUGAGGACGAAAGUGAAGACGACGAGCAUGCCGAUGAAGGAGAAGGGGAUGAAAGACCCGGAGAUGGUCACGCUGAGCACGGCGAAAAGGGGCUGUAA